UUGACAGUGUCGCGUUUUGUGAUCACAUGUUUUUGAAAUUCUAAAAGAAUGCGUCAUUUAUGGGCAGCGAUUCCUUUGUUAUUUUUUCAGAAAAAUCAUGAUGUUCUCUUUAUACUCUCACAUUCAAAAUGAAUUCUUCGUGAAAUUUCGUACAAUUAAUAAAUCAUUUUCGUCAGAUCAAGUCCAUUGCUUGAACUUCCUGUAAAUAUCCUGUGCAUUUCUCGGAAAUAUUAUCAUGUCUACUAGUUCAAGAUAUGUUUUAGCCUCAAAACUUGCUCAGUUUUUGAGAAGAAAUGGGGAGAAAGUGCUUAACGGGACAUGCAAAUUAUCUCUGACUACAUCUGCCUUGUGUUUGCUGAACAGCCUAUUUGCAGAUGUUUUAAAUCAUGACUGGUAUAAUACUGAAUUGUCUGAUUGUAAUGUUGUUGACGUAGUUGCAGAUGUGCAGUUUCUUUUCGAUUUCAUGAAGAGAACUACAAACCUGAAAUUGUUUCAUGGAGCUCAGACUUUAAGAGGUGGUGUUGAUUUAUCGUAUUUUUCUAGCUUGGUAGCUUUAGAGUUGAGAAAAAUUCCAGCACAUUUAAUUAUUGGAUUAAGCAGUCUUUCUGUGCAGUUACGUGCACUUAUCUGUUCCAGAAGUAUAUAUCUAUUAAAGGAAAUUCUUGGUAGCAGUGUGGAUGAACAAAACACCACUGAUGUAUGGACAGAAUUGAGGGAGCUUAAUGUUUCCUAUAAUUAUUUAGAGUGCCUUGAUAGUUCUCUCAAAAGUUUGCCAAAUUUAGAAAUUUUGGAUUUAAGUCAUAAUAAUCUCAGGAGCACAACAGGAAUUGAGGCUCUGGAGAAUUUGAGCUUUGUAAAUUUAAGUUAUAACCAAUUAGAGGGGCUACCUAUUUUUCACAGCCUUAGCUGUCGUUGCCUUGUUAAACUGUAUGUACGUAACAAUAAUCUAAAUGAUCUUGCAGGAUUGGAAUGUUUAUUUAAUCUUGAAGAGCUUGAUGCUGGUUACAAUUUACUCUCAGAUUAUUUUUCUCUAAUUCCAGUAGAGAAAUUAAAAUCCCUUAAAAUGCUCAACUUGGAAGGAAAUCCAUUGUUCUUUCACAAAUACCAUAGAAGUUUAAUUAUCAAUUAUCUUCAUCCAAAUGUGAAGAGAAAAGGAUUUCUUUUGAAUGGAAAAAUUUUGUCUGUCCCUAUGAGUAUGCUAGUCGAUCCUCUUGACCCAAGUCCAGAUAGUUCACCACGACAUCAGACAUCAAUUAAUACAAUGGUAGGAGAAGUGCCAAACAUGUCUCAUAUUCCAGUAUUAAAUCACAAAGCCUUAGAAAACAUGGCUGAAGUCUCAGGUAAAGAUGAUAGUGAUGAAAAUAGUGUUUCUUCCUGUACAAGUCCAAAAGUCGCAGAAGUUAUCCAUGCAGAAAUCAAAGUGUCGAAUAAAGACCGAAAGAAAUCAAAGAAUUCUAAAAGAAAAAAUAAGUUGAGUAAAGUAUCCAUUGUGGAACCAGACAAUGAUUAUGUAGAGGUCAAAAAAUCUGAUGAUGCUGAACUUCCUAGUCAUGUGAAGGCAAAGCAUGCCUUGGAGGCACGUAGAGUAGAGCGUGGUCAAUCAUGGCUCAUUCCAGACAAUCCACUUCAGAAGUCUGUUCUUUCAUUCCCAAAAGUUCCUGCAAACACUCCUGUAUGUAAUUCCAUCAUUAACCACAGUAUGGCAAAAUCUGCUCUUGAGAAUGAAUUGUUGCAGCAUUUUGAAGCUCACGUUGAGGAAGAUACAGUGGCUGCUGACAAGAAUGAUUCAACUGCAAUUCAAGAAAUGACUGAAGUACUUGAGAUCAAUGCUAAUGCAUCUGAUCGAGUACGACAUGGCUCCAAAGAAAGUGAUGAUAUUGAAGUCCUAUCUACCAAUGCCAAUGAAUCUUGUGAUCUACCUAAUGUGCAGGACAGCUGUGAUCAAGACACUUAUGAUUGUGAUAUUUAUCGGAAGAAUUUUAAUUUUGAUAGUGAUCAUGAUGAACAGAACCUUGAAAGUGAAUCCGAUGAAGAAUCUGAAGAUUCAAUUUUCUAUGUUGAAGCAAUAGCUGAUUCAAAGAAAGAAGCACACUUUAUAAAUAUUGGCCCAAGAUAUGCAAAAGAGAAAGAUGUGAUAUCAGGGAGAAUAUUAGAAAAAAUAGAUCUGAAUAGCUUAAAAUCAAUAAAAACAGUUACUCAGAAUGGUAUUGAAGUUUGCGAGCUGCAACUAGAAUUUGACACUUCAAAAACUUCUCGUCAGAAAAGGCAUUACAUAUUUGAUAAUAUGGAAUCAACUCAGAAAAUGGUGAACAUUUUGCAACCUUAUGCUGAUGCAUAUACUCUGAAAGAAACUUCUUGUGGAGCUCUUGAGUGCCUAAAUUGCAACUCUCAAUUUUCAAAGCAAAUAGCUCGUCUAAAAGUAUUGAAAACCAAAAGGCCAUACAUGGAUAAAGAACUUAACUCCUCAAGCUAUGAUUCAUCUAAAGGUUAUUAUCAGGAAGCAUAUGCUUGUCCAAAUUGUGAUAGUCACAUAUUAGUUGAAAUGGAAGGUAUGCCAAUGCCUUCUAUUGCUAAAGCUUCAGAAAAACUAACUGGAAUAGGAGUUGAAAAUGCUUCUGGAGGAUCAGCUUCAUCGGGAAGUCUUCUUGCUGGUCUUUUUACUUCAAUAAAUCUCUCACCUCUGCUGAAAAGGAAGUCAAGUACAACUCCAGGAAACUUAUUGAGUACAGGUUUUAGCUUCCUGAAUUCGGCAUCUAAUCAAUCAUUGGACAAUGGUUUUUCUAAAAAAGACAAAAUUGAGCCAUCCAUGAGUAGAAAUUCAAGUGAUGUAACACUUAUCAGCAAUCAGAGUCAAAAUAGCUUUGCAGUUAUUCCUGAGCCUACAAAUGAACAAUAUCUCAACACAAUUGUUGAAAGGGAUUCUCAAGCUUCUUUAUCUCCACCUGUUUCUAGCAUUAUAUACACUGAGAAUAACAAAUUACAAGAAUCUCACACAGAAAGUAGAUCUGAAUCAGGUAGUUUAAAUCGCAUUGAACAGAAUGGAAUUUCCAGUGACGAUAAAGAUUUUAUCUCUUUCACAGAAAGUACAGAAAAACUUACAAAUAAUUUGCAAAAAUCUGAGGAAAAUAUUUCUAGUGGUUCUGAUGUCUACCUUUCUCCUUAUAAGAGUCUGCAGUCAGAGCCAACAAAGACAGAAAUUUCUGAACCAAUGGAACUUGAUGAAAGUUUACAACUUCUUCAUAUUUUAGGGGAAAAAAAGACAAUAACUUAUGAUAUGUUUAAAGAGUUAGAUCACCGCUUGAAAUUAUAUUUGGAAUUUAGUGUAUUGUGUAAAGAUGAGCAGUUUGAAGCAUGUUUACAGAGUUCUAUAGUGCCAUUAACAACUGGAGAGGAAUUUGAUGGUCUUUUUAUGUUAUCCUCUAAAAGUGCAUACAUAAUUAGGUUUCUUGCAAAGUAUUCCUCCAAUCUUGAGCAAAAUGAGCCUCUGGAUAAAUGUGUUCAAAUUGUUCAGUCCAGUCCUUUAAGCCAUCUAAGGCAUAUUCAAGUGCUCCUCGGUAACCAGGGUUUGAUAAUAGCCUUUGUGCCUGAGUCAUCUGCAUAUACAAUCAUUGUUAGAGAUGCUGAUGUAUGCAACUCUUUUCGUACUUUCCUAGCAGAUGCUCUUUUAGAAUACUCUUGUGAAAUAGAAGGUUUUCAAAUUUUAACUCCUUCUAAUAAAGAGCUAGAGUUGUUGAAUAAAUCUGUCAUCUCUACAGUUGAGCCACAGUCAUCUGAAGUUCUUUUGUAUCUUUUUGCUUUUAAGCAGGAGCAAAGGACAGAAGAUAUCAGAUUGCCUGUCUGCAUAGUUGUAACACACGAGAGCAUAUUUCUUACAAAAAUCAUUUACAAAAAGCAGGACUUUAAUGGAAGUUUGAAUGAUCUUUCUGUCUAUGAAUAUACAGAUGUAAAUUCUCAAAAUAUUUCGGAUCUCAUUUCUUUGAAAGUACAUCAGGAUUUCCAGACCCUUGAAAUUAGUUUUUUGGACGAGUCUUCCACAACAGAAAAGGAUACAUACAGAGGCUGGAUUUUAAAAAUGCAGACUAAAUCAUCUCUUUUUUCAUUAGUCAGUGUCUUAAAGGGACCUUGGGAAGAAAUAUUUGGCAUUUCUUUGCCUCUGAAUUUAGAAUGUAAAAAAUAAAGAACUAAAUUCUUUCUGUCUUGGUUAUUCUAAAGAACAUUUUGUCAUGGCCUUUUUUAAAAAAAAACUAUAAUACUUUUAAAAACAAUUUGUACUGAUUUUUAAUACAAAUUGUCUAUUUUGUUUCAGAUUUUAAAUUUUUUUUACAAUUCAAAUAUUUAGAAUUUUUACUCUCAAAGUUUGUGAUACAUGAUUACAUAUUGCAGUGAAACAAUAUUGUAUUGUUUCACUAACACUGAUAUAUCUGCAAAUUAAAGCCAUUUAUAGCACAUUUCAGAUAAAUUACAUUGUUAAAACUUUAUUUGUAUGUAAUAUUUUUAUGCAAGAAAAGUUAUGUUUUUAAAAACUUUAUGAGUUGCAUGCAUGAGAUGCAUUUGUUUUUAAAUCCUGUAAAAGAAAAAAAGAAAAAAAAAAGCAAUGAAGGUACAAGAUGUUGAUAUACUGCCCCAGAAAAAAAAAAGUGGUGGUGCUCAUUACGAAGAACUACUUACUUUCUCGUACUAAGUAACAUUAGAUUUGUCGAUAUAAAGACAUAAUUGAGAAUAUUUCAAUAAACACAUUAAAACAUAUUCCAGUUUAAACAAAAUUAACUUAUUGUCUCUUGUAAGUUGCACAUUGUUUGAAAUUAAGAACUGAUACAUUCGAUGCUUUGAGAGCUUUUAAGAAACAGUGUACAUGAACCGGUGCAUAAUAUAUGUUUUAAGGUUACAAAAUAAUUACUACAUCAGCAAUGGUCUGAAAAAAAAAAAAAAAAACAAUAUGAAGCAAAAAUUCAAAUGAAACUUAUGAUUCUUAUUUGCAGGGCAAUAGAGCGAAAUUAUUCAAGAAUAUCCAUGCUGCCCCAAGCCCAAGUCACAUGUUUUAAAUUUUCACUACAUUUUUUUUUUUUUUGCUAUUUGUGUCCAAGUUUCUUAAAACUCCUUGAGAUUUUUAAAUUUCUUAUUUUUUCUUUUCCAAAAAUUUGGCUAAGUUUUAGUUAAAUUAGCUGUAAUAAUUUGGAAUAAUAGAAAUAAAAUAAAAUUGCUUUCUACAGAUUAAAACUCAGAAAAUGUUUCACUGUUAGUGUAUGAAAUCAGUUGGAUUCAAUUAUUGUUCAGUGUUUUUAUAAAGUCUUGGUUCUUGUGCUAAAAAGUUAAGAUACAUCUAUCAGUUUCAGUCUGAUUGAUAACCAAACUGUUUUAUACAAGUUUACUAUAAAACUUUACUUCUUUUCGUCUUGGAAUGAAAUUUGAAAUCUAGGAAAGGACACAUACUACUUCAAUAACACUUAUUUUUUCACUCAAACGGUCGCAUAUGGAACUAGAAUUUUCGUAAAUAUGUAUGCGUUUUUAAUAUUUUAGUAUAUAUUCCUCUUUUAGGCUUUUUCCCUUUUUGCUUUUUUUUUCCUUCAAGAAACAUUUUUUUUUUUUAAAGUGGUUCCAAAGUUUUUAGUGUUUUUUUCUAUGUGUUGUUCUUCAUUCUUUUAAGCGUGAUAUAAAUUGUAUUGUUAAUGCUUGGAAAAGUUAUUUUGGUAUAUGCCAAAACUGUAAUCAAUUUCAUUUCAUAGUGUACAUAUGUUCUGUUUAUGUAUAAUACAUAGUGUAAUUUUAAUGCAUCUAUUUAUUUAUUAUAUCUGUUGCUUAUUAAUAAAAUAUUUCUUUUAUGC